AACGUUUGUGACAAAAUAACACAAUGUGUUAAUAGAUAUAACUUACAUAUAUAUUAAUAUUUAAUUAACGUUUUCAGACUGUUAAUAUUUUGUUAAGAACAUUUAACUGAUUAUCUGUAUGCUAUACUAACUCAUCUGUAAAGUAAUGUAUUUAUAAAACUGAUUUAUUUUUAAAAGAUUAAUUAUAAAGGUUAGAUAAAGAUUUAUUUUUAAAAUUUAAAUAAAGUUCAAGUUAUCGAGUAUUUAAUGUGAUAUCUAUUCAUCGCAGUACUCGAGUUAUGCUAGCUAAUUAUUAUUUUCAAACUAUAAAAACUUUAUAUCUGAUUCGUUAUAUGUCGAAUCAAAAUUUUAAAAUACAUGCUGUUACAAAGAGCACAAAUUUAUCUGAGAAAAAAUUGUGUAAUUUGCUAUUGAAUUUCAUUAUUUUGGAAAUGAAUCUACGCCUGACUCAUUGCUGAGUUGUACUACUACACUUUUCAACGGAUGUGUCACCAGGUGCAAGUGUAAGAAGUGUAGGCAGAAGGAGCAACAUCUGUGCAAUCACGUGCUCGCUCUGGUUGCCAUUUAGCAACGGCCGGCGUGUAAACAUAUAUAGAUGGCCACCCACAACACGAUAAAUUUUAUUAAUACAGCUUUGUGCUGCUUGACCGUGUGCUUGUACUUGAGUACUACAUUUUGAAUUUUAUAUUUGAUGUAAUAAUGAUUAGCACAAUUUGAUCGAAGCGUCUCGUAAUAUGAACAGUAUUAUAUGUAUACAAAAAACAUGUGUCACAUUGACUGAAAUUAUUCUCUUGAUUUAAUAUCACAAUUACGUGUGAAAUGGGAAAGAAUUAUAAAUCUCUCAACGUGUCAUGUGCAGAUUUAAUUCCCAGAGUUGCGUAGACUUGUUAAAUUCAUUGUGACAUUCAUGGUAAUAUAGGUUAAAAUGAUAAGACAUAUCUCUUCUAUUGUGUAUCAUUUACAGAAAUAAUACAGGAACUCGACAGAGAAAUUAAUUAUUCAUGUCCUGUUCAACGUCUUGAGCGACAUUCAUUGAUUUCAAGAAACACGUUAGAAUUUUGACUGAAAAUGGCAGACGAUCCAAAUCGUGAUAUUUUACCUGUAAAGGAAGUCUCUUGUUCGGACACUAUCAGUGCUAUAGACCUCAGGGAACGUCAUCUCGUUUGCAAGCUCGAUCGCUAUGAGCUGGAGGACAAAUAUUUGCGCUUGCUCGACGAGGCGAAUAAUUUGAAGAAAUUAUCAAAUUGUCAGGAGGAUAAAAUCAAACGACUCGGCACGAAGUUGAUUCGACUGGCCAGUAAUCCAAGAUCGUGCGGAUUAGCAUUAGAUGUUGCUGAUGAUAGAACCAGGAUGGCCACGCUCGAGUUUGAAAAUGCAAAGUUGAAGGAGAAAAUUGUCGUGAUGAGGAAUCAGUUGUUGAGUCACACGAUGAGCGGUAGGUCCACGUCGCGCAGCCGUAAUAAUCUCGCCAGGCCAACAUCUUCCGGGCUCAUAACAUGCCGAAGUGAGAACAACCGCGCGAAUGCACCGUCCUGUCAGUGCAUCGUUGCCGCAGGGGACAAUGAUGACAACGAUGUGCGAAAUUAUCUCGUUAAGAUCGAGAAACUGGAGGCGCAGAAGAAAGAUAUGACGUGUCGUAUAGCGGAGUUGGAGAAGGAACUAGCUGCCACCACGGACAGUCAAAGGGAGAAAGUGGCGGAGAACGUGGAGUAUAUACGAGUUUGGCGACAGAUGAAGCAGCUGAACGAUAAGCUAACGACGGCGCAGGAGAAGAACGGCGCGUUAACUGCCGAAAUUAACGAUCUGAAAACUACUCUUAAACAAACUACGAGGAACAAUCAAGAGAUUGCCGCCGUUCUUACGUCCGAGAGAUCGCGCAUGGUUGAGAUCGAUGAGCAGCUAGUGAAAGCAAAGAACUCACAGUUCACAGUACGUGAGAAGGACGAGCAAAUACGAGAUUUAGCGAGCGAACUCAAGAUUAUGCAGCAGCAUAAUAACGAGCUUAUUGCUCUCACUUCGAAAUACGGUCAAGUCGAGGUAGAGAAUAUAGAAUUGAGGAAAAAGCUCUCCGAGCAUGUCCAGGAACAGCAGACAUUGAAGACCGCGUUCAACAACGAGCAGGCAAACAUUGCGACAUUACAGACCACCAAUGAACAAUUGCUCGCAAAACUUGCAGAAUUACAGGCAAACAUAGACACAUUGACGGUACAAUUACGAUCUCUUCAUAAGCAGAAUGAAAGGCGCGAUGCUACACCGUCGAAAAGGUUUACCGAGCAAUCCGUUGCCGUGGAGCAAUGCAAGAAGUGUUGCGAGAUGUAUGACAGAAUUAUGCAGUUGGAGGAGAAGACUGCUGGCAAAUCUCACCAUUCGGUUGACAAAUCGGUUCAAACGACAAUCGUAACGACUGUUAGCACAAGGGAGCAGAGCACGAUGAUAAAUGUGGAGAACGAGGAGAAGGCGCGCUUGCACUCGCCGUUGAAGGAAUGGAAGAAGGUGCAGGAAGCAAAUGGCACGAGCAUCCUGUCGCGGGAGAAAAUAUUGAAACUGCUGGAUCAGGCGCAAAUUAACACGCCUCUGGACGCGUCGAGGAUCACUCCUGGGAAGGAGGAAUAUGCGGGCAUCCUGGAUGCAUCUCAGAGGCACAGUUGUCAAGAAAUAUCUUCUCUAAUGCUUCGUGACGAAUCGAACCCUGUAGAGCCGAGUUCACGAAAAGGACUCGCAAAUUUGGAAAAUCCGAAUGUGACUUUAAGUCAAAUUCUUCUAGUUCUGUUCGACGCUUUGCAGGAAUACAUGUCGUUGAAUAAUGCCGGCGAUAGAGUACUUUUGAACCAACAGGUGUACGUGGAUUCGCUAAUCGAUGUCAAUAACAACAAUCUUAUCACAACGACUGUUCGUGGUAUUAAGCAAAAUUAUUUUAGUACAGAAAAUGUUAAUAACUGUGCGAAAGACUGUAUGACAGGCGCUGGAAGUUACGUCCAUGAGAGUGUGCAGACGAGCGAUUGUAUCUGCAGUAAUGUUAAAGACUGUUAUGCAAGUUUAAAACCAGAUCGUCGUUGUUGCACGGUUUGUACUCCCCGAUCGGUCGCUGUGUGCACCAAAGAUUGCAAGAAUCUCGCAUGCAAGGAAGUACCUGCUAUUUCUAUGAAAGAUAUUAGUUCAGCGAUGAAAGACACGCUCGACACUACUCUGUUCCCUAAGGUUUACGACAAGUGCAGAAAGUCAUCUUACCGUGAUAUCAGUAACGAUUUUUGUGUAAAAAGAGCUAUAAAGAAAAUGAAGACGUUCAAGUCACCAUGUUACCCUAAAUGUAAUUUGACGUGUCACUUACGAAAAGCAAAAGAUCCGAUAUCUAUGCAGGAGAAGCAGAAAUUACCUUGCAAAAUCGAGUGCCUGAGCGAUAGCAUAAAAUUAGCGGAAUGUCCAGCGGAGUCCUUUCCUUUAUUAAUUAGCGACAAGCAAGGUCUCAUCGAGAUCCACAUUUCGCGACUACAGCUGUUUACGUCGAUCGCGAAAAUUCCAGAAGAAGAAGAUAUAUGUAGCCUCUCCAUUUACAUAAGUUGGGACAUUUGGGGCGAGAAGACGGCCUACACGCCGAGGAUGAAAUGUCCUGACUUGGCUUUCAACUCGUCUUCCGUAUAUCGCAUAGCGGAUCUCUUCUACUUCUUCAAGAACGUGCUGUCCGAGUACCUGAUCUUUCGGGUGAACAUCGUUCGUCAAAAUGAUACCAGCCGCACCCUUGCCCGAGCGAAAGUUUCCAUCAAAGACAUACUGGAUUAUCCGCAGAACAAAUUGCAUUAUAUCGUUCCCGUGAAUAGCGUCAUCGCUUGCUUCUUCGGCGUCAAUUUUGGGCAACUGUCGCUCUGGGUUCGGCUGAGCUGCAAUGUCGACAUGGUCGAAGCUUUCAAGAGGCAAUGUGGCAUAACUUCACUGCGAGAUAUCACCCAUGCGCUUGCAGAGAAAAAGGACACGUAUGACAUACCCCAGAAGUCUCCUCCUCGAGAUUCCCCGACGUUUAUUACUACAAUAGUUUCCGAGGAUCGAGAUUCAAAGGAUACUCCUGUGCCGUCUUUAGAUUCAAAUUUUCAAUCCGGAAUUGUGAACUCGGAUGAUGAUCAUUAUUAUACUGAUUCAAAUAAUGAAGGAUUCUCUUCGCGCUUCAACGACACAAAUGAUAUGUUUGCAGAAAAUGAAAUAAUUAAGAGUCCAGAUUCUGAAACAUUGACAGAUGAUGCAAACGAGGAAAACGAUAACAAUGUUAUAGAAGAUUCAUCGAGCAUGGCGGAGUUUAAGUCUCUACUCGUGAAUGGCACUUCGUUGCUCAAAGAAGCAAGCAGCACGAUCCGCGACAUGAACGAGGUUUUCUCGGAGAAAAAUUGGAAGGAAUACAAGGAGAGGAGUCUGCUAACUUUUACCAGAACUAAAUCGUUAAACGAGGACGGGCAGGAUUAUCAUCAUGACGCUUCUACUUCUAAGCUUGAGGAGGAUACAAUAAUUAUAGAAAUAGUGAGCAUAUCCCUUUUGGAGGAAAGCUCCAUUAUUGAGGAUGACGAGGUACAUUUGCUUUAUGUAGAAUAUUCUUUUCUCGGACAUCGUGGCGAAGAUAUGGAAACGAUUUCCGUACAGAAACCACAAAUAGCUAAUCAAGAAAUGUUUUAUAAUUUUAAGAGAAAAUUUCAGAUAGAUGAACAGACACACCCCAUGGAAAGAGAGACUCUACGAACUAUGUUGGCUAAAUCUGUAAAUCCAAACAUUAAAUUUAUUAUUAUCAGCGAACCAUUACCUGAGGAAACUGAAAUUAAAGAAUGCGAAGAUAUUGGCUAUGCGACUUUUAACAUAAAAAAAUACGCGCUUAGUAAUGGCCGUAAAGAUAUAUUAUUGCCGAUCAAGGAUAAUCGAAAUGAACAAAUUGGUGUGUUGAAGAUCACGGUGUUGGGUUUGGACACCAUCCGAAAAUGUUUACCGAAUGUUAAAAGCUAUCGUUCGUAACAGAUAAUAUGACAAGUACGUAAAUGUUAAAUCAAUACCUAGAUUAUUUGUGUCGAUGUGAAAUCUAAAGAUCAAUGUUUUAUUUUAAAUGAGAAAAAAUUAAGUGUUUAACUAAAUGAUUUGUACAAGUGAAAAUUUAUUUAAAAUUGUCUACAUAAUGU